AUGGCUCCCAAGCGACCCAACACAUACGCCUCGCAAGGUCCAUCCCAACGAAGACGUCCGCAAGCUGCUCUGUCUGAUUCCGAUUCUGAUGAGGAUGGUGAUUACCAGGCGAACGGUAAUGGCCGUGCGAAUGGGAAUGCCAAUAGGGAUGAUGAGGGAGACCAAGGACAAGGAUCGACACAAGCUGGGGCAGGAGGAUUGAAAGAUUCAGAGAUCCGAAUAAGGUCCAGUCAAUUAGCAAGAUAUGCCUUGUUCCAGGAAUAUAAGAGGAAUCUGAUUAGACGUGCUGAUAUAGUCAAGAAUGUUCUACCUAACAAUCCUCGAGCGUACAAUCUGGUAUUUGACGGAGCUCAGAAAAUCUUACGAGAAUCUGUGGGAUGUGAAUUAGUAGAAGUGAGAGGGAGGGGUAAAGGAGCAAUCGCAGAUGGUGACAUACCAGCUGGAUCAGGAGCAGGUGGGAGAAAGGGUAAAGGUCGAGCUAGACAGAAUGGGAAUGGGAAUGGGAAUGGGAAUGGGAAUAACGAAAAUGAUGAAGAAGACGAUGAUGAGAAUGCGCCUGCCCCAACUCAGACUCAAAAAGGAAAGAGUACAAGCACCAAAGCGUACAUACUUCGAUCGAUCAUCCCUCCGGAUCUCCUAGCUGCCAUGUCCAAUCCAUCACCAUUACCUCUCGGAGUGGAGGAUGAAGAUGAAGCAGGUAAAGAUUCAGGUGCAUUGUUACAGUGGGAGAAAGGAGAUGGGACUAGUUCAGGUCAUAUUGCCUUAUUGGGGAUGAGGACGGUUAUUUUGGCUAUAGUCAUGACGAUGGGUAGAGUGGUGUCUGAUGAUCUACUACAUGCAUAUUUGCGACGACUGAAUUUACGAAGAGAAACGAUUCUGCCUUAUUCAUCAACCGAUUCGAAAGAACCCCCUCUGACGUUAGAUAAGUAUUUGGACUUGCUGGCCAAGCAGAAUUAUCUGGAAAAAGUAAAGAUACCUGGACAUGGACAUGGUGGUGAGGGAGGUGAACAAUAUGAAUGGAGGUGGGGUCAGAGAGAAGUCGAGUUUAGUGAGAAAGAUGCAGCGAGAUUUAUAGAGCAGCUUAUACUUGGAGCAGAUGAUGAAUCGAGUAGUGAAGAAGAGGAAGAGGAGGACAAUGGUAGACGUGAUAGAAGAGGACGACCACAAGACCAAACAGUAGACAAAGCAGCAAGGAGAAACAAACUGAAAGAGGAUAUUGUCAAAGCUGCUGGUGGAGAGUUGACGGGGAAGGAUUGGUAG